AUGACAACACAUAUUGUGGGACAUUGUAAAACUGUAGAUACUAUAAAUAAUUAUAUUGUGAAUUUUUUACCAUUACAAAAUGAAAAUUUUGCACCAUUAAUUUCUUAUUCUAUUGAUCAUAUGAAUGGACAAGAAUGGAAAUCUGAUGAUGAUGAAAAAUUAUUUAGAAGAUAUAUAAAUUUUCCAUCAAUAAUAACUUUGGUACUAGGAACUAAAGUUAUCACAACAUGA